GACUCAGGACAAGGAGACACAGCCUUUGUCUGUGGAUGAUCAUUGAAAGUGGAUGUGGAUCAUCACCCCGUGAUCAGUGCUGCAGAACCUGCUCCAGUGUGAGUGAAGAGCAGUUGCCUUCCCUGUGCGCUCUCCAGGAGAGAGGCAUCUGCUCCUUCCCUCGAGAUGGCAAGUGCUGGAGCUGGGAAUCGCUGUGGCUGAGUGGCUGGGCCCCCCGACCCAUGCCAUCCAGAGACCGGGGAUCGUAAAGUCUGGGAAGAAGCAUCUCUCCUUAGCUGAGGAUCUUGCCUGGAGGCUGCCUUCUGCUUGUAUCAAGGUCUUGUCUGUCCUGAGUGUGAUUAGAGCCAACCAUCUCUUUGAUGAAAACUGGCUGGAGAAAAGGCAGAGGUGGGUGAGGGGCAGUGCGCCUAGCACUGCGCCAGAGGGGCUGAUUCUUGGUAUGGUUCAGAUGCCAGCAUGAGCAGCAGCCAUCAGUGGGACAGGGUACGUGAAGCUGUAGAACCCAGAGCCCCAGCACUGCUCCUGCUCCCUCCCGGGGCAGGAGUGUCUUACCCUCAGUGUUUCAUGCCCCUGCUCUGGCCCAAUUAGCUCAAUUCCAUGCUCCAUGCCCGAGGUUCAGCUUAUCUUUCUCUACCAUGGGGCUCAGCAGCAAUCCUGAGGUAGAGCUGCUUUGCUGGCAAGUCCCCUCCACAGUUGCUGCAUGGGACCAGAGAAGCAGCAAGGUCCUGGAUUUCCUGUUAGCCAUGGGCUGGUUGGCAGAAGACUUGCCAACCUUUUUACAGGGGGUUUUGAGUUACAGACAUGCAGGGCUGCAGGACUGGGCUGGAGCCAAGGGGCAGCAGACAGAAAGGGCUUGGGAUCCUCCAGUGGCCCAGGCAGAGGGCUGCAGGUACACCCCCUCAGCCCAGUUCCCUGUGCCGUGGGCAGAUUGGCAAUCCUCAGCCCCUGUCCCCGUGCCUCCUGUACUGCCCAUGGGGCAGAGGAGGGUCACAGGGGAGCAUCCAGCCCCAGGGGCUCAGCCUGUGUAGUCCAUGACAAUCCCAUGGGACAGAAGUGUCAUUCCUUGUGGAAUGUGCUUGAAGGCAGAUGUUGAGAACAGGCUGUAGAGCAUGAGGGACAUAUGGAUCCAUCAGUGCAGUUAGGGGAUCCUGCUGAGACUUGGGGUCUCCUUCAUGGGACCUGGGAGCUGGGCCAGGUGAUGGAGAGGUGCUGGCAGGGCUCAUGAUGAAGGCCCUCCUGAAGGAAAACAAGCUGCUGCCACUCGUCCCUGCUGUCUGCUUGUAAGGGACCGAUGGGCCAUCCCAGGGUGCUGCUUUGGAUCAGAAGCCUGUAAUGCAUGUCUCCAAGUCUCUUUAGCCCUUUGGAACAGAUUCCACAGAGGAUUGGUUGCUUGUUUGUGGAAACGGAGCCUACAAAUUCUCUCUUCCUGAGGGGCAAAACUAGGCUGGAAUAGGAGGAGAUCCUGUGGGAGAGAGUUUCCUCCAGAGGAAAGCCCAAGGAAGCUGGACCCUGGAGAUCUCUGCUCAGUGAUGUGGCUGUUUGAAGGCAGUUUUCUCCUGCUUCUGCUGCAAUAGCAAUGCUAGUGAACCCACGCAGCUGGAGUGAGCUAGCGUGCCUCGCCUCUGCCAUGAAUGAUGCAUCGACGAUGGAUUAUGAACUGCUGUCCCCGUCCUUGGUUGAGCACCCGGCCAGCACUGCGGGCAUGGAUGCUGAGCAGAAAACCGUCUUUGCCUUUGUCAUCUUCCUCCUCGUCUUCUUGGUGAUGCUGAUGGUGCGCUGCUUCCGCAUCCUGCUGGACCCCUACAGCCGCAUGCCUGCCUCCUCCUGGACUGACCACAAGGAGGGGUUGGAGAGGGGCCAGUUUGACUACGCCUUGGUGUAGAGGGCAGGGAUGGGUCGAGCCUGGGUGCUCCGAGUGCCUCCCACCCCAGCUGGCCCCGGCCCCGGCCCCCCCUUCCUCUGUGGUGUUGCCCCGGGCCAGCAGGGAUGCCGUGGGCAGGGAGGCGAGGUCGGGCUCUUGUCUGGGGUGGGUUUUCUAGGGGUUUCUCUCUUUUCUAAGCACUUUUCAGUUCUCUUUGCAGCCUGCAGCACUCUCGGCAGGAUAAGUCGGAGGGGUGACGUGACUCCCCAUGGGCCUCGCUGCCCACCGUGUCCCGGGGCAGUGCUGCAGUGAGGGGCAGGAGGCAACGGGGCAGGGCAUGGCGGGACCUGCCCUCGGCCACAGCCCCCCCAGCUCCUGGUCUGGGCAGCUCUGCCUGGCACCAGGCUGGGCGUUGGACCCCCACCCUCCUCCUGCCUCCUGCGUCACCUCUGUCUGUGUCCUCUGGGGAGUGCUGACCGUGGCCCAGUGUGUGUGUGUGUGUGUCCCUGUAGCUGAGCUUUGUCUGUGAGGGGGUUUAUAGGCACCUGACCCAAGUGUUGGCUUUGUUCCUCUCUGUGUGGCAGCCUCAAGUGCCCCCCACAAGUAAGGGGGAGAUGGAGACCCCACGUGCAGUGCCCUUCUGGCCUCCAGCCCUGCAGCCUACUCUCCGCUUUACACCAUCGUGACCGCUCCCUGCCAAACUGGUGGAAAUGGUCUGAGCAAGGUGCAGUCAUGCAGCCACUUGCAGACCUGCCUGGGAGCCCUGCGGGGAUCCCUGCAGGGAUCUGAAGUCCCCACACAGCACUUGGGAGAAGGCUCUCAUCCAGCCCAGGCCUGGCAGUACCCAGCAGUGCCUCACUCUGCGCAUCGCUGCUCCAGCAGGACCUGGGCAGCCUGGGCGUGCUCCUGCAUCUGCCUAGCAGAAGGGCUGUGUAAGUAGCCGAGGGGAACUAUGGCUGUCCCCAUAGUGGGGGAACCUGACUAUGGGAACCAUGCCUCUUGAGUAGGGGUGAUGCAGCUGGCCGCAGGGCUAGCUAGCAAAAGCUGUGGUGGGGUAUGGCUGUGGGCUGGCAAGUCGUGUGCUAAGGGAUCUGAGCCCGUGGGGGAGAACUUCCUCCUGCUCCACGGAAAUAAAGCUGCACUGUGCUAACCCCA